UGUGUUAAUGAUUGGGUUAACAAUACAUACAAGAUGUGUUUAGUCAACAAAGACAGAUCUCCAAGAUUGUUCCAGUUUAUGAGGUAUUUUGGACUGUUCGUCGGCUGUAUGGCAAAGUUUGUUUCUGGGUCAAUAUUUACGUUCAAUGUUUACCAGGGAGAUAUUAAGUCAUUGUUCAAUUAUACACAGACAGAAGUGGAACUACAGUCUUCCCUAUUAAAUCUUGGACUAGGGAUAGGUUUUAUUCCUGGUGUUUUGUAUGACAAAUUUGGUCCAUUUUGGACAUCAGCUGCAGGUCUUAUAGUGUCUGUUGGAUCAUACAUGCUUCUAUGGAGUACUACAAAGUUUGUACCUUUCUACAAAAACAACAGCUGGUUAAUGGGGAUCUACUUUUUACUAUGCGGUUUAGGAUCUGCAUUUACUUACAUGGUCGCACUGAACACUAAUAUAAUGAAUUUUGAUAAAAAGUAUCGUGGAACAAUCGUUGGGCUGCUGAAUUCAUUCAUUGCUGGUAGUCCGUCUGUGUUUGUACAGAUAUAUCUGCACGUAUUGACAGGAUCUGGAGGAACAAAGUAUGCUAAUUUUCUAGUGUUUUUUGCGAUCUUGUUCGCUGUUGUAGGCAUAAUGUGUAUGUUGUUUCUCCGUAUAUACACGGACGAUUUUCAAGACGACACCAUCAAAAUUAUUCCGGACAAUGAAAGUAUAAAUGGAACUAAUACAGUAGAAACUUAUCGUAAAGAAAGCCACACUGGGACGGAGAUGAAUUCUAUUUCAACGUCUCAGGUUACAAGUUCAUCAUGCUGUUCAAACAACAAUGACGAACUAAGUGAUAAAGAUUCUAUGAGUUUAAAACAAAUCGUCUGUAAUCUUGAUUACCAUUUAUUUUCUUGGAUGUUCGUGUUUGCUGCUGCUAUAGGUUUAGUUUUUCUCAAUAAUUUGACAACAAUAUCAAAGUCAGUGCGAUUGAGUCAACACGACAGUGUACUUCUAAUUCUUAUUCCUAUUAGUAAUGCUAUCGUAAGUUUUUCUUUAGGAUUUUUAUCAGACGUGCUGAAAGACAAGAUUCCACGAAUGACACUUUUAUUAGCUUCGUGUGUUUUGUUCACUGUUAGUUUAUUGCUUGCAAUUUUGAAAGGAUCUGCCUUCGGGGUGCUAGUAAUUUCAACAAUAUUGUGCGGAGCUAGCACUGGAAUAAUUUGGACGCUUUCACCCACAGUGAUGAGUGAACGUUUUUGUCUACAAAACAUUGGAAGAAAUUGGGGCAUGACUAUUCUUUUAGCCGCAGUUGUUGGUUUCGGAAUCCAAGAAAUUUUCGGUCAUUUGUAUGAUCAUCAGUUAGCAAAUGCACAAGGUGGAAAUUGUUUUGGACUAUCAUGCGUUAGGGGAGGUCUUAUAGCAGGUCUUGUUUCUGGUAUUUUAUCCGUACUUGUUUGUAUCAUUUAUAUGACAAAACGUAGAAUUCAAAGAUUUUUAGUACAGAGACAAAGAACCGAAUCAUAAGCUGACUAUAAAUAAACAAAAACUUUCAAUAGAAAAAGA